AUGAAUAGUCCAGGUUGCGAAGGAAAUGGUGAAGAGAAAGGUAGUGAACGACAAGAAAUUGCACUGGUGUGGGUCUCCACAAACCUCUCUGUGAUGUACAAGACUGUGUCUGAACUGGUGACGGAAAUACUUAGCGCAUUCGGAGCAACAGCACAUGGGUUGGUGCAAGAUAUCAGCUAUGCAUUUGAACAUGAAGCAAUAGUUGAUAUUGUUCUCGACUCGAUCUUUCUGUUGGGCUAUGGACAAUAUGUUAAUGAGCCAGAGUGCCUCGACAAUCUUGUGCCUGCAGGAGCCACUGCCAUUCUUUGUCGUCUACAGGAAUUCAUCAAAGGGAGUCACCAAUCCAUAAACUUCUCAACAGCAGCCUAUGGCACUUCAUACACUGCAUUUCCUCCUUUGUUGGCAAUGAUCAAAGCGACACCGCACCUGUUAACUAGAUGGGAGAUGUUCCGCGACAAGUACAAGAGAAAACCCUGGCCUAUACCUAAACUGUCACUCAAAAAGCAGCAUUUUGAGUGUUUCAACACUCAGAUGCACUACAGUCCAAAAGUGAACUUUGAGCGGAGCUUGUCGGAGUUUCCUAUUUUGCUUGACGUGCAUCAAGACCUUUCAUGGGACACUGUGAGAAAGAACUAUGAAGCUGGUUGA